AUGGGUGGCCUGCCCCCGAGCUUGCCCUUCCACUGCGCUGUGUUGGAGUCUGCGGACGCCUGCGGCGGCCCCUCACCGGCGCUGCUGCACUCCCUCCGAGAGCAGGGCUGCAAGCUGAUUCUGGCGCAGGUGGAGGAGAACGAUGACGGGGAGGAAGAAGAGGUCUUGGAGGUGGACCGGAGCCCCACGGAGUGGAGCAAUCCCAACGACUACAGCCCCUACAGCCCCCUGAAGCGCCAGAGCACGCCCCGGGCCUACCGCCCCAAGGCGCUGAACAGGGAGUGGUUUGACGCGGUCUUUGACAAGGUGCUGUCCAUCACCGGGGAGGAGGGCCGGGGCAACAGCCCGCUGGAGCGCUUCUUCGCCGACGAGGGCCUUCCGGCGGCCCAGGCGGUGUGCUUCGCCUGCACCGACGCAGGCUCCAAGGCCUUCGGCGCGGUGGACGCGGGCCUGGUGCUGGCGCCCUGCCACGACCAGGUGUGGCGGCGCAGCGGGGAGCACGUGGAGCUGCCGGGCGCGGACUGCGCGCUGAGCCAAAGCCCCACGGCGCGGCAGCUGGCGUGGCUCCACGAGGUCUUCACCCAGAAGCUCUGGUGCUGCUGCAUGUGGCUCGCGCCGGCGCAUGGGGAGCUGCGCCACAGCACGGGUUUGCCCCCGGAUGGGCCCAGCGGCUACGAGCGCGCCACCAUCACCAGCGUGGCCAGCGGCACGCUGCAGGCAUUGGGGCAUCCGCCCUGGGCGUCUAAGUGGGAGCAAUGGGAGAAUGAGGCAGCGGAGAAGGAGAAGGAGAAGGAGAAGGCUGCGGAGAAGGAAAAGGAGAAGGAGAAGGCAGUGGAGAAGGAAAAGGAGAAGGAGAAGGUCUACCCCUGCAUGGCGCAGCUCGGUGAAGAGCUCUGCGCGUGCCCGGACUGGACGCCCCUGGAGCCCCGGUUCCGAUCCAGGGGCAACCUGCAGGAGCUGGUGGACCUAUCCAAGGUGGUGCUCUACUGCCACUCCCUGGAUGUCGGCUUGGCCAAAGUCCAUCACCUCAUAGAGGCGAAGGACGACCGGGGCCACGUGGUGCGCGUCAGCAGCAGCCGCUUGUGCAGCUUGUGCCGCGAGGGCAUCGCCACGACGGAGAUGUCUGUGACGUUGAUGGCCUGCAGCCACCACGAUCUCAAGGAGUGGCCGGACAUUUGCAUCCGCUCCAGCCUGGAUUGCCGCCACAUGCCAAAGAACUUCUCCCUGUACGGCAAGCCCAAAGUGGAGGUCAGCGCGGGCAACGUGCGGCUCCAGGCUGCCUACCAGGAUGAGCAGGGCCAGAUCUUGCUGGUCCGCGCCUGGCACCGGGUCUGCAAAGACGACGGCCGGGGGGACGUGGAGCUGAGCGUCAGCUGCGACACAGGUGUGUCGCCCGUCCACGCGAUGAAGGCCAGCAAGUACUGGGGAAAGCUGCGGAAUGAUUCCUGCGAGGUGGACAUCAUUUUCACCAACCCUCGACGAGGAACGCGCUAUACUGUUGAGAAGGUGGUGUCCGUCAUUGCCAACAGCGGCCGGCGCGGGGCCCGGACGGGUGGCCGGGGUGAUGUCGGGUCGACAGAUGCCAUGGCUCAACGGAGGACAGCCUUCUACUUGGCCCUUGCGCAGCUUCUGAGCUUCGGAGAUGCCUGGAGGGACACCUACCCCUUGGAGGACCACGAGGGGAUGCCCGAAGUGCCGGAAAGAUCAGAUAGGAACCCUUCGGAGAAAGGCGCCUCUGUGCUCGAGCUGCGCGAGGAGCGCGCCGAGACCCGCGCUCAGGAGCGCACCCAGGCGGCGCGAGCCAUGCACAAGGAGUUCAGGGCCUACUUGGGACGUUCGUGGCAGCAGGACUGGCGCCGCUCGACGCAUUCCACGCAUACCACGCAUUCCGCCUCGAGCUUGGGCGGUUUGUCGCGGUCGCGCAGGGGCGAGUUCAGGCUCCUGGCGCAGCUUUUGGAGGGCCUCACCGGUUUUGCCGAGGAGGCGCCGGACGAGUUUCCGAGCUACGAGAAGGAGCUGCAGAUGAACACGGAGCUGAAAGCUAGCGUGGCAGCCCUGCACAAGUUCUUCAACAUCUCCGUGAAGGCAGCUGGAUUCGAUGGAGGGGAGGAAGCAAGGCAGCAGGAAGACGUAUCUCACGUGCUGAAGUCCGAGGUAAUUGAAGCAGAGGGGGGCUUGGUCAACCCAUUCCCCACAUCCAACUACACCAUUCGAGGCAUAUCCGCAAAGGGCCGCCGCGGCAAGAAAGAACAGCCGCUCUUCAGAAGAUUGCCGCCCUCGACUGCGGAAGAACCUGCGCGCACAAAUUCUGAAGAGGAACCGGCGUAUGCAAAUACCACGGUCGCUUCACCAGAGGAGGUUGCAGAGUCGAAAGGCGAGGGCGAGGAGGAGGCAGCAAAGGUGUCAGUGCACGUUGGCCCCCCAGUAGUCUCUAGGCAGACUGCAGUACCCGCCGGCUUGCCAAAGGUUCCAGGGUCAACCCCCAGCAGCAAAGACAAUACCCUAACGCAUGAGCAUCAAACUCUGACAGCAACAUCUGAAGAGGAACCGGAGUAUGCAAACACCACGGUUGCUUCACCAGAGGAGGUUGCAGAGUCGAAAGGCGAGGGCGAGGAGGAGGCAGCAAGGGUGUCAGUGCACGUUGGCCCCCCAGUAGUCUCUAGGCAGACUGCAGAGCCCGCCAGCUUGCCAAAGGUUCCAGGGUCAACCCCCAGCAGCAAAGACAAUACCCUUACGCAUAAGCAUCAAACUCUGACAGCAACUUCUGAAGAGGAACCGGAGUAUGCAAACACCACGGUUGCUUCGCCAGAGGAGGUUGCAGAGUCGAAAGGCGAGGGCGAGGAGGAGGCAGCAAAGGUGUCAGUGCACGUUGGCCCCCUGGUAGUCUCUAGGCAGACUGCACAGCCCGCCGGCUUGCCAAAGGUUCCAGGGCCAACCCCCAGCAGCAAAGACGAUACCCUGACUCAUGAGCAUCAAACCCUGACAGCAACUUCUGAAGAGGAACCGGUGUAUGCACAUGGCGAGAGCGAGGAGGAGGCAGCAAAGGUGUCAGUGCACGUUGGCCCCCCAGUAGUCUCUAGGCAGACUGCAGUACCCGCCGGCUUGCCAAAGGUUCCAGGGUCAACCCCCAGCAGCAAAGACAAUACCCUAACGCAUGAGCAUCAAACUCUGACAGCAACAUCUGAAGAGGAACCGGAGUAUGCAAACACCACGGUUGCUUCGCCAGAGGAGGUUGCAGAGUCGAAAGGCGAGGGCGAGGAGGAGGCAGCAAAGGUGUCAGUGCACGUUGGCCCCCCAGUAGUCUCUAGGCAGACUGCAGAACCCGCCGGCUUGCCAAAGGUUCCAGGGUCAACCCCCGGCAGCAACGACAAUACCCUUACGCCCGAGCAUGGAACUCUGACAGCAACAUCCGAAGAGGAACCGGUGUAUGCAAAUACAACGGUUGCUUCGCCGGAGGAGGUUGCAGAGUCGAAAGGCGAGGGCGAGGAGGAGGCAGCAAAGGUGUCAGUGCACGUUGGCCCCCCAGUAGUCUCUAGGCAGGCUGCAGAACCUGCCGGCUUGCCAAAGGUUCCAGGGCCAACCCCCAGCAGCAAAGACGAUACCCUGACUCAUGAGCAUCAAACCCUGACAGCAACUUCUGGAGAGGAACCGGUGUAUGCACAUGGCGAGGGCGAGGAGGAGGCAGCAAAGGUGUCAGUGCACGUUGGCCCCCCAGUAGUCUCUAGGCAGACUGCAGAACCCGCCGGCUUGCCAAAGGUUCCAGGGUCAACCCCCAGCAGCAAAGACAAUACCCUUACGCAUAAGCAUCAAACUCUGACAGCAACUUCUGAAGAGGAACCGGAGUAUGCAAACACCACGGUUGCUUCGCCAGAGGAGGUUGCAGAGUCGAAAGGCGAGGGCGAGGAGGAGGCAGCAAAGGUGUCAGUGCACGUUGGCCCCCUGGUAGUCUCUAGGCAGACUGCAGAACCCGCCGGCUUGCCAAAGGUUCCAGGGCCAACCCCCAGCAGCAAAGACAAUACCCUUACGCCUGAGCAUGGAACUCUGACAGCAACUUCUGAAGAGGAAGCGGUGUAUGCAACUACCACGGUUGCUUCGCCAGAGGAGGUUGCGGAGUCGCAAGGCGAGGGCGAGGAGGAGGCAGCAAAGGUGUCAGUGAACGUGAGCAGCCCAGCAGCGACCAGGCAGACUGCAGAACCCGCCGGCUUGCCAACGGUUCCAGGGUCAACCCCCAGCAGCAAAGACAAUACCCUUACGCGUGAGCAUGGAACUUCGUCAGAAACUUCUGAAGAGGAACCGGUGUAUGCAACUACCACGGUCUCUUCACCAGAGGAAGUUGCGGACUCGCAAGGCGAGGGCGAGGAGGAGGAGGCAGCAAAGGUGUCGGUGAACGUUAGCAGCCCAGCAGCGACCAGGCAGACUGCAGUUCCAGGGUCAACCCCCCGCAGCAAAGACAAUACCCUUACGCCUGAGCAUGGAACUCUGACAGCAACUUCUGAAGAGGAACCGGUGUAUGCAACUACCACGGCCGCUUCACCAGAGGAAGUUGCGGAAUCGCAAGGCGAGGGCGAGGAGGAGGCAGCAAAGGUGUCAGUGAACGUUAGCAGCCCAGCAGCGACAAGGCAGACUGCAGAGCCCGCCGGCUUGCCAAAGGUUCCAGGGUCAACCCCCAGCAGCAAAGACAAUACCCUUACGCCUGAGCAUGGAACUCUGACAGCAACUUCUGAAGAGGAACCGGUGUAUGCAACUACCACGGUCGCUUCACCAGAGGAAGUUGCGGAGUCGCAAGGCGAGGGCGAGGAGGAGGCAGCAAGGGUGUCAGUGCACGUUGGCCCCCCAGUAGUCUCUAGGCAGACUGCAGAGCCCGCCAGCUUGCCAAAGGUUCCAGGGUCAACCCCCAGCAGCAAAGACAAUACCCUUACGCAUAAGCAUCAAACUCUGACAGCAACUUCUGAAGAGGAACCGGAGUAUGCAAACACCACGGUUGCUUCGCCAGAGGAGGUUGCAGAGUCGAAAGGCGAGGGCGAGGAGGAGGCAGCAAAGGUGUCAGUGCACGUUGGCCCCCUGGUAGUCUCUAGGCAGACUGCACAGCCCGCCGGCUUGCCAAAGGUUCCAGGGCCAACCCCCAGCAGCAAAGACGAUACCCUGACUCAUGAGCAUCAAACCCUGACAGCAACUUCUGAAGAGGAACCGGUGUAUGCACAUGGCGAGAGCGAGGAGGAGGCAGCAAAGGUGUCAGUGCACGUUGGCCCCCCAGUAGUCUCUAGGCAGACUGCAGUACCCGCCGGCUUGCCAAAGGUUCCAGGGUCAACCCCCAGCAGCAAAGACAAUACCCUAACGCAUGAGCAUCAAACUCUGACAGCAACAUCUGAAGAGGAACCGGUGUAUGCAACUACCACGGUUGCUUCACCAGAGGAAGUUGCGGAGUCGCAAGGCGAGGGCGAGGAGGAGGCAGCAAAGGUGUCAGUGAACGUUAGCAGCCCAGCAGCGACCAAGCAGACUGCAGAGCCCGCCGGCUUGCCAAAGGUUCCAGGGUCAACCCCCAGCAGCAAAGACAAUACCCUUACGCCUGGGCAUGGAACUCUGACAGCAACUUCUGAAGAGGAACCGGUGUAUGCAACUACCACGGUCGCUUCACCAGGGAAAGUUGCGGAGUCGCAAGGUGAGGGCGAGGAGGAGGCAGCAAAGGUGUCAGUGAGCGUUGGCCGCCCAGCAGCGACCAAGCAGACUGCAGAGCCCGCCGGCUCCGGCUCCAGCAGCGAAUCCAAUACUCUUACGCCUGAACAUAGAGCUGUGACAGAGACUUCUGAAGAGGGGCCAGUUCCUUCUCUUCAGGGCAAUGUGCAGGAAAAGACCACUAAGACAACUGAGGAGGAGACAUCAGGUUCGUCAGAGGUUCGCAGAAGUGCGACGGGCAACUCGCCCAAGUCACCGCAGACAGGCAAAAAGCCCAAGACCAGCACCAAGGAACGCAGCACGCAGACCAGCAAGACUGGGUCCGAACCUGACAGCACUGGAAGCGAGGAGACCAGUGAGACAACUGAGGAGGAGACGACAGGUUCAUCACCCAAGUCACGGAAGGCAAGCAAAGCACUCACCAGCAGCAAGACUGGGUCCGAACCUGAACGCACUGGAAGCGAGGAGGCCACUGAGACAACUGAGGAGGAGACGUCAGGUUCAUCAGAGGUCAGCAGCCGUGCGACGGGCAGCUCACCCAAGUCACCGCAGACAGGCAAAAAGCCCAAGACUAGCAGGAAGGAACACAACACGCAGACCAGCAAGACUGGGUCCGAACCUGAAAGCACUGGAAGCGAGGAGACCAGUGAGACAACUGAGGAGGAGACGACAGGUUCAUCACCCAAGUCACGGAAGGCAAGCAAAGCACUCAAGGGCAGCACCAGCAGCAAGACUGGGUCCGAACCUGAACGCACUGGAAGCGAGGAGACCAGUGAGACAACUGAGGAGGAGGAGACGUCAGGUUCAUCACCCAAGUCACGGAAGGCAAGCAAAGCACUCAAGGACAGCACCAGCAGCAAGACUGGGUCCGAACCUGAACGCACUGGAAGCGAGGAGACCACUGAGACAACCGAGGAGGAGACAACAGGUUCAUCACCCCAGUCACGGAAGGCAAGCAAAGCACUCAAGGGCAGCACCAGCAGCAAGACUGGGUCCGAACCUGAAAGCACUGGAAGCGAGAAGACCACUGAGACAACUGAGGAGGAGACGUCAGGUUCAUCAGAGGUCAGCAGCCGUGCGACGGGCAGCUCACCCAAGUCACCGCAGGCAGGCAAAACACCCAAGACCAGCACCAAGGAACGCAGCACGCAGACCAGCAAGACUGGGUCCGAACCUGACAGCACUGGAAGCGAGGAGACCAGUGAGACAACUGAGGAGGAGACGACAGGUUCAUCACCCAAGUCACGGAAGGCAAGCAAAGCACUCAAGGGCAGCACCAGUAGCAAGACUGGAUCCGAACCUGAACGCACUGGAAGCGAGGAGACCACUGAGACAACCGAGGAGGAGACAUCAGGUUCGUCACAGGUCAGCAGCCGUGCGACGGGCAGCUCACCCAAGUCACCGCAGACAGGCAAAAAGCCCAAGACCAGCAGGAAGGAACACAACACGCAGACCAGCAAGACUGGGUCCGAACCUGAAAGCACUGGAAGCGAGGAGACCAGUGAGACAACUGAGGAGGAGACAACAGGUUCAUCACCCAAGUCACGGAAGGCAAGCAAAGCACUCAAGGACAGCACCAGCAGCAAGACUGGAUCCGAACCUGAACGCACUGGAAGCGAGGAGACCACUGAGACAACCGAGGAGGAGACAUCAGGUUCGUCACAGGUCAGCAGCCGUGCGACGGGCAGCUCACCCAAGUCACCUCAGACAGGCAAAAAGCCCAAGACCAGCAGGAAGGAACACAACACGCAGACCAGCAAGACUGGGUCCGAACCUGAAAGCACUGGAAGCGAGGAGACCAGUGAGAAACCUGAGGAGGAGACGACAGGUUCAUCACCCAAGUCACGGAAGGCAAGCAAAGCACUCAAGGACAGCACCAGCAGCAAGACUGGGUCCGAACCUGACAGCACUGGAAGCGAGGAGACCACUGAGACAACUGAGGAGGAGACAACAGGUUCAUCACCCAAGUCACGGAAGGCAAGCAAAGCACUCAAGGACAGCAGGAGCAGCAAGACUGGGUCCGAACCUGAACGCGCUGGAAGCGAGGAGACCAGUGAGACAACUGAGGAGGAGACAACAGGUUCAUCACCCCAGUCACGGAAGGCAAGCAAAGCACUCAAGGGCAGCACCAACAGCAAGACUGGGUCCGAACCUGAACGCACUGGAAGCGAGGAGACCAGUGAGACAACUGAGGAGGAGACAACAGGUUCAUCACCCAAGUCACGGAAGGCAAGCAAAGCACUCAAGGGCAGCACCAACAGCAAGACUGGGUCCGAACCUGAACGCACUGGAAGCGAGGACACCAGUGAGACAGCUGAGGAGGAGACAACAGGUUCAUCACCCAAGUCACGGAAGGCAAGCAAAGCACUCAAGGGCAGCACCAACAGCAAGACUGGGUCCGAACCUGAACGCACUGGAAGCGAGGAGACCAGUGAGACAACUGAGGAGGAGACAACAGGCUUAUCACCCAAGUCACGGAAGGCAAGCAAAGCACUCAAGGACAGCACCAGCAGCAAGACUGGGUCCGAACCUGAAAGCACUGGAAGCGAGGAGACCACUGAGACAACUGAGGAGGAGUCGUCAGGUUCAUCACCCAAGUCACGGAAGGCAAGCCAAGCACUCAAGGGCAGCACCAGCAGCAAGACUGGGUCCGAACCUGAACGCACUGGAAGCGAGGAGACCAGUGAGACAACUGAGGAGGAGACAACAGGUUCAUUACCCAAGUCGCGGAAGGCAAGCAAAGCACUCAAGGGCAGCACGAGCAGCAAGACUGGGUCCGAACCUGAAAGCGAGGAGACCAGUGAGACAACCGAGGAGGAGACAACAGGUUCAUCACCCAAGUCACGGAAGGCAAGCAAAGCACUCAAGGACAGCACCAGCAGCAAGACUGGGUCCGAACCUGAAAGCACUGGAAGCGAGGAGACCAGUGAGACAACUGAGGAGGAGACAACAGGUUCAUCACCCCAGUCACGGAAGGCAAGCAAAGCACUCAAGGGCAGCACCAACAGCAAGACUGGGUCCGAACCUGAACGCACUGGAAGCGAGGAGACCAGUGAGACAACUGAGGAGGAGACAACAGGUUCAUCACCCAAGUCACGGAAGGCAAGCAAAGCACUCAAGGGCAGCACCAGCAGCAAGACUGGGUCCGAACCUGAACGCACUGGAAGCGAGGAGACCACUGAGACAACUGAGGAGGAGACGUCAGGUUCAUCAGAGGUCAGCAGCCGUGCGACGGGCAGCUCACCCAAGUCACCGCAGACAGGCAAAAAGCCCAAGACCAGCAGGAAGGAACACAACACGCAGACCAGCAAGACUGGGUCCGAACCUGAAAGCACUGGAAGCGAGGAGACCAGUGAGACAACUGAGGAGGAGACAACAGGUUCAUCACCCAAGUCGCGGAAGGCAAGCAAAGCACUCAAGGGCAGCACCAGCAGCAAGACUGGGUCCGAACCUGACAGCACUGGAAGCGAGGAGACCAGUGAGACAACUGAGGAGGAGACAACAGGUUCAUCACCCAAGUCACGGAAGGCAAGCAAAGCACUCAAGGGCAGCACCAGCAGCAAGACUGGGUCCGAACCUGAACGCACUGGAAGCGAGGAGACCAGUGAGACAACUGAGGAGGAGACAACAGGUUCAUCACCCCAGUCACGGAAGGCAAGCAAAGCACUCAAGGGCAGCACCAACAGCAAGACUGGGUCCGAACCUGAACGCACUGGAAGCGAGGAGACCAGUGAGACAACUGAGGAGGAGACAACAGGUUCAUCACCCAAGUCACGGAAGGCAAGCAAAGCACUCAAGGGCAGCACCAGCAGCAAGACUGGGUCCGAACCUGACAGCACUGGAAGCGAGGAGACCAGUGAGACAACUGAGGAGGAGACAACAGGUUCAUCACCCAAGUCACGGAAGGCAAGCAAAGCACUCAAGGGCAGCACCAGCAGCAAGACUGGGUCCGAACCUGACAGCACUGGAAGCGAGGAGACCAGUGAGACAACUGAGGAGGAGACAACAGGUUCAUCACCCCAGUCACGGAAGGCACGCAAAGCACUCAAGGGCAGCACCAGCAGCAAGACUGGGUCCGAACCUGACAGCAGUGGAAGCGAGGAGACCAGUGAGACAACUGAGGAGGAGACGACGGGUUCAUCAGAGGCUAGCAGCAGCGCAGCAGGGUCGAGCGUCGGCUCUGGCGGCAAGUUGCCUCACAACAUUCUCACUGUUUCUGCCAGUGGCCCGGAAAUUCUGCAGGACAGCUCGCGGCAGCACGCGGAAGCACCAAAUUCGACACAAACUAGCCGGCACCUGGUUCACUCGGCUGUCGGCAAGAAUGCGACGAACGCCACAAAUGCCACGAAUGCCACUUCCAGUGUCACGCCCAAUGCGACUGAGCCAAAGGCGGCAAAGGAAGACUGGGAGCUCGUGCGCAAAGUGGGCCAGACGGAGCAGCAGAUCCAAGGCAAAGCGGAUUUCACCGGCCCCGUGCCGCAUCCUCGAUACGCUGGCUUCAAGGAUCGGCAGCAUGGGCAGCGAAGUGCCCGCUGGCCACAGCGGACCUUGGAGCUGGAGACGGCCGAGGUUAGGGACUUGACACGUGCGAAGCGCACCGUCCAAAGUGAGGCUGAGGGCGAGAAGCACUUCUGGAACGCCUGAGCCGGUGAAUCCGCUCGUGCGUUGUGUGGAUCUUUGGGACAACUGUGGAGUUCUUGGCGCGGCUGGACGACUUGAACGUCCAAAUUCCGAGCAUGGAAGCCGUGCAAGGGGCCCAUGGGCUUUUUCUUGCGAAGCGCACUGGGGGAGACAUAGAAGAGUGGAGAGAGCUGGACGGAGAA